UUUUUUUAUUUUUUUUUAUAUAUUUUUUUACUCUGGCCCUCUGGUAAUUACUGGUAAUUAUGGAGGUUCUGAAAGAGAUGGCGGACUACAACAGAGGAUCAUCAAGACUGUUGUACAACAAAUCCUGCACUACGUGGGUUCUUGGAUUCCACCGUCAGUAGCCGAUAUGCCCGAUUGUACGUACACACACCCACAUACAUAUACGCAUCUUCUUACAUGCAUGUGUCAACUAUGGAUGGCAUUGUGAUCCCGUCUUAUUCGCAUUGGAUCACAUCCAUUGAACGACUAAGGCUUCCGGCGGCCUCACACUCACACGCACACACACACACACACACACCGGGUCGAUUCAGGCCCGCCUGCCAGUUGGCCAACACACCUCUUCGUGCCACGACUGACGAUUGGAUAAGUAUGCUUGGUAUUGACACCGCCUCACCUAACCCCCCCAGUCCGACGGCUCUCUGGAGCUUUUCGUACCGUAACGUAUAUGUUGAACAACGCGGGUUCGACGUCCGGGGACAUCGUUUGGCACUUGGUCUUGACGUUGUGCGGCUCGUCAUCCAAUUUCAGGCACAUUGCCUGACCACGGGUGGCCGAUGCCGGACCGGGGGGCGGAAACCCGUGUGUGGAAGCCCAAAUGCAACCCCAUCUUUAAGCGCCAAAGCGGCCGCAUGGAGCCCGACAUGCCCGUCAUACACGGAAGGCCCACCGCAACGCGGGAGCGGAGACUUUCGGCGGGAUGGGCGUGGGUUUUUUUGGGCUGGUAUUUGAUUGUCAUUGAGGCUGGCCUGCAGGCCUCUUCCGGCUGGCAAACAGUGCAAGGUCCAUGACGCGCACAACCCCAACCAACCUUGGUAGACAGUACAUUUGCGAACU